UCUGUUUGUUAUUAUUUGACAGUGGUGUGAUUGGUUUUGUUAAUCUUAAUUUUUCAACAUUAUAGUGGACAUUCUCGGCCUAGAAAAGUGGAUCUGGUGGUGUAGAGUACUUCAGACAGCCAGGGAGACAGAAAUGUCUGUGGAGAUGAAAAGUCAGGAUUCAGAUAACGAUUCUGACUAUGAUCAAUCCGAUCAUAUGGACGAAGAUGAUGAGGAUUUUUGUGGUUACUAUGACAACGACACAGACGACCUUGACAUUGACAGGCCAAAAAAAACAGAUGAUCCAGAAUAUUUUGAAUAUGAACUGUUGAAAGUUGAAGAUGUUGAAAGAUUGCUCAAUGAGGAUGUAGAAGUUCUAUGUAGCUAUCUUAAGGUGGAUCCGCAUCUAGCCAAAAUGCUGCUCCAAGUCCAUCAUUGGAAGAAAGAAUUAAUUAUGGAAAGAUACAAGAGAGAUCCUGCUAAAUUCCUUGUGGAUUCCAAAAUUACACCAGCUGUCAAAUACAAGAGUGCACCACUUGGGCUACAGAACACAUGUUCUGUAUGUUAUAAAAAGCUGACAGCUGAUCAUUUCUGUCACCUUAGCUGUGGUCAUGUGUUCUGUAGGGAAUGCUGGGACAGCUACUUCCAAGUUCAGAUUCAACAAGGAGUUACAUCAGGUAUUGAGUGCAUGGAAAACAACUGCCACAUCUUAGUACCAGAGGAUUUCCUUUGUCGAUCCCUGUCCAAACCCGAACUCCGUGACAAGUACACCAAACUUUCUUUCCUGGAUCUUGUCAAUACACAUCCACAGCUGAGAUUCUGCCCCGGGCCAAAUUGUUCCAAUGUUGUGAGAGCCAAAGAUACAAGGUCUAAAAAGGUUGACUGCGCUCAGUGUAAAACCAUAUUUUGCUUUGGAUGUGGCAUCGAAUACCAUGCCCCGACAGACUGUGCCACCAUUAGGAAGUGGCUUACCAAAUGUGCUGACGACUCAGAAACGGCCAAUUACAUUAGUGCUCACACUAAAGAUUGUCCAAAAUGUCAUGUUUGUAUCGAGAAAAAUGGAGGCUGUAAUCAUGUGCAAUGUACGAAAUGCAAAAAUGACUUCUGCUGGAUGUGUUUAGGAGAUUGGAGAACCCAUGGAAGUGAAUAUUAUGAGUGUAGUCGAUACAAAGAAAAUCCUAACAUUGCAAACGAGUCAGUUCAUGCUCAAGCCAGGGAAGCCUUAAAGAAGUACCUCUUCUACUUUGAACGGUAUGAGAAUCAUGCCAAGAGUCUGAAGUUGGAGGAACAAACACUGUCUAAGAUAACAACUCGUAUCCAGGAGAAAGUCAUGAACAAUUCAGGCACUUGGAUUGACUGGCAGUACCUCCUUGAUGCUGCAGUCCUGCUCAGAAAGUGUCGUUACACUCUCCAGUAUACAUAUCCCUACGCAUACUACAUGGAAAAAACAGCCAGGAAACAGCUUUUUGAAUAUCAGCAAGCCCAGUUAGAGGCAGAGGUGGAGAAUCUGUCUUGGAAAAUUGAACGUGCUGAAAUAACUGAUAGAGGGGAUUUGGAAAACCAAAUGGACAUAGCUGAGAAAAGAAGACAGACACUACUCAAAGACUUUUUAGAAAUUUAAAGUGUGUUCUAAGUCCACAGUGCGAUAAACAAACAUUUGACUCCAGUUUAUGUAAGCUUGGACUCAGGGAAGGGGUGUUGGGCACCAUGAAGCGUGGACUCGGGAAGUGAUGGUUGACAGCAGGUGAGGACUCCGUCUUGUACAAUAUCAUCUAAUGUUUGAAUUCAGGAAUGUUUGUGCUCAUUGAGCAUGGCUUAAGAUAUUUGUCCUCAAGAUAAGUGGUGUUAGAUAUUUCAGCCCAUGGGACACGAAUUCACAUGGAUAUGCUCUUACAGAAAGCAAUGGGAACCUGAAUCCUGCAUGGAAAAUCAGCCUAUCAAACUUACAGACAAGCUGGAUAUCUUGCCAUAAGUAAACUAAUGCUUGCGGUGUUGAAGAGGAAUGGUAAAAAUGUGAAGUGUUUGAGAUAUACUGGAAUUGUUGUUAUGUUUGUAUGAAACAACACCUUCAAAUGGACGUGCCAGGUUCAUGUUUGUUUGGGUGUCAAACUAUUUGAAGUAAUUGAAUGUUUUUUCUUUGAAUGUAUACGUAGUGCGAAAGAAAUUAUAUUAAUUUAUGUAAUCAUUAAUACAGUCAACGUACAAUCAAUAUAUAUAUAUAUCUCAUACAUAGAAUGUAUGACUGCCAGAAUCCUGGUAUGUGAUUGGUGAAGAGAUGUCACAUGACCAUGCUGCUCUUUGUAUUACACCCAUUACUCAACUUACUUCUGAUGUUGCCCGUCUCAGAAACUGUAUGGUGACACAAAUCAUUUCAGUAUGAAUACUUACUAUUGUAAAACUUGAUACGUGUCAUGUUUUUUAGGUAUGUCUUAUUAACCUUCACUGCCUAUCAGUUGGUAGUGUGUUUACAGGGUCUAUAAAAUAACACGCUGACCUCAUUACAAGUCAGUAAUGGUGUAGUUGAUGUAGUUGGACCACUGGUUAUAAUGGUGUGAUUAUUGUUAGUGUAAAUGUGAGAUGGAUGUGAUUAAGUCUUCUGCAAGGCUAAGCUAACAUUGUCAGAUUUAGUAUAAAAUAUCAGUAUAUAUAUGUAUUAGGUGUUGUUAGAUUCUAAAUCUUCACAUAUCUGUGAUUAGAUGAUAAAAAUCUUAUUAAAACUUCAACAAUAAACUAAACAUUUUUUCUUCUUGGAAGUGAUGAUCAAUUAGAGCAGUGAAAAGUUUGUAGGUGUAGUUAAUUUGUACCUGUAGGUACUUUGUACUCGGACUGAUAUCAUGGUCAUGUUCUCUUGCUACCUAUUGUGUGUAUCUAAUUUAUCUUUUUUUUAAUAAGAUGUUUCUAUAAAUUUUCAUUAACUCAAUGAAAUUCAAUGUGGUUCUUGAUACUGUAUGAAAUAAAAGAAAUCAGAAAAUUAUAUAUGAAAAAAAUCAAGUAAAUUUUCUUUUCUUUCAAGUUAGUCUAAAAUGUUUGCUAUGAAAAAAGUUUUCAGUUGACAAUUUCCAAAAGAAUAAUCUGUGACUGUGAUGUUCACAAAUUGAUGAGUAUCACUUCAGAUUUUUUUUUAAUAAAGAAAAUUAUUUGAUAGGUUGACAUUCCAGAAAUUAUGAUACUAGUGAUAAAUAGUUAUUUAUAGCGAUUUUUUUACCCGUCUUUGAUGAAAUUCAUGUUAUAUUAUUGGUCAGAAUGACAUUUCACAGGGACUUGUAAUAAGAUUAUAUGACACAGGGACUUGUGAUUAAGAUCAUAUGACACAGGGAAUUGUGAUAAGAUUAUAUGACACAGGGACUUGUGAUUAAGAUGAUAUGACAUAGGGACUUGUCAUAAGAUUAUAUGACACAGGGACUUGUCAUAAGAUUAUAUGACACAGGGACUUGUGAUUAAGAUCAUAUGACACAGGAACUUGUGAUAAGAUUAUAUGACACAGGGACUUGUGAUAAGAUAAUAUGACACAGGGACUUGUGAUUAUGAUAUGACACAGGGACUUGUGAUUAUGAUAUGACACAGGGACUUGUGAUAGAUGAUAUGACACAGGGACCUGUGAUAAGACUAUGUAAUACAGAUUAUAUAAUCAAAACUAUUAUGUUUAUUCUAUUGUUCUAAACUUUUGAAACUUGAUUCUGAUAUUUAUUAUUGAUUAUUCCUAUUUGUCAGACGAAGAAAUGCACAGCUGGUCAUAAUUCCAGACUUUUGUGUAAAGAAAAUCAGUAAUUACAAGUUUUGGAGUCAUAUAGAAACUUUUAAGCACUGAAGAAUUUCCUAUUGCAUCUACAGUUCAUCAAAUAGCGGCUAUUUAAGAGUAUUAUCAUCUGACAGGCAUGGCAAUAUGUUACAGCUUCAAACAACUAAUUAUAGUGAUGUCAUAAUCAGUUGAUAUAUAAUCCAGUACACAAGACCCUGUGUUAAGUUACUAAACACAGAUUGACACCUAUAGUAAAAACCUAAAGCUAUGAUAAAAUGCCAAAAUGUUUGUCCUGUUAAAUAUUUUUUCCGUAUUUUGUGUGAUUUAUUUGGAAUUUUCACGUGACACAUUUUAUAGUGCCAUAUACAUACCCCUGUAGAGUUUUUUUAUUUUUCUUUUGAACAUUUUAUUCACUGUAGUUAAAACAAACUAAUGUUUUCCUUUCAUCAUGUUUCACAAUAGUAAUUAACUUAUAGAAAGAAACUUACAUUCUAAGAUUGUAUCACCAUUUUUAUUGAGAAAUGAAUCCAGAAGGCCAGCACGUAACAAACAACAUCUGAGUCAAAAUUAGGGAGUGGGAUUACAAGUGUUACAGGACAAUAAGUCCAGAAAGCAACAUAAACCAUUGAUUCACAUUCAGUAGGAUCACUGGACAAUAAGCCCAGAAAGCAACAUAAACCAUUGAUUCACAUUCAGUAGGAUCACUGGACAAUAAGCCCAGAAAGCAACAUAAACCAUUGAUUCACAUUCAGUAGGAUCACUGGACAAUAAGUCCAGAAAGCUACAUAAACCAUUGAUUCACAUUCAGUAGGAUCACUGGACAAUAAGCCCAGAAAGCAACAUAAACCAUAGAUUCACAUUCAGUAGGAUCACUGGACAAUAAGUCCAGAAAGCAACAUAAACCAUAGAUUCGCAUUCAGUAGGAUCACUGGACAAUAAGCCCAGAAAGCAACAUAAACCAUAGAUUCACAUUCAGUAGGAUCACUGGACAAUAAGCCCAGAAAGCAACAUAAACCAUAGAUUCACAUUCAGUAGGAUCACUGGACAAUAAGCCCAGAAAGCAACAUAAACCAUAGAUUCGCAUUCAGUAGGAUCACUGGACAGUAAGCCCAGAAAGCAACAUAAACCAUUGAUUCACAUUCAGUAGGAUCACUGGACAAUAAGUCCAGAAAGCAACAUAAACCGUAGAUUCACAUUCAGUAGGAUCACUGGACAAUAAGUCCAGAAAGCAUAAAGUUUGCCAAGAACAGGUCUGCUGGGAGAAUAAAAUAUGUAGAACAUUGAGACGUGAAAGAAAUCCCUUGUACCCUUGUGCCCUUAAGGACAUCCUGUGUAUUAUCCAAUUAAUUUUACUUGGACUGAUUUUACUAAGACAUCUGGCCCCUGUAUAUAGGUAUUCAAAUUUAAUUUGCCACCUGGCUUCUUAAAUGCAAAAACAACCAAGAUUGCACGGUCUGUCCUAGUGCAUCAAUCCCUAGUAACUUCAGUAACAUUUGAAAUAUCUGACAGGUAUAACGUUAAAGAUAAACACAAAACAAAACCAGUUUUAUCUGUAAAUGUUUUUGUUAUGAUGACAAACCAUUUAACAGUGAUCAUGAACAUUCAGAUGUGCAGUGAUAUUAGGUUUUUGAUACACAUUUUCCCUUUAAUUCAGUAUUUUAUUAAAGUCAUUGUUAAUUGCAUCUGCCAUACUCCAGAGGUUGCAAUCACUUUUGCCCUCAGAGAGUGAAAGUGAUUGUAACCCCUUGCGUAUCGAGGAUGGUGCCAGGGAUACAGAGUGAAAGUGAUUGUAACCCCUGGAGUAUGGAGGAUGGUUCCAAGGGUGUAGAGAGUGAAAGUGAGUGUAACCACUGGGGUAUGGAGGAUGGUUCCAGAGGUACAGAGAGAGAAAGUGAUCGUAACCUCUGGAGUAUCGAGGAUGGUUCCAGGGGUGUAGAAAGUGAAAGUGAUCGUAGCCCCUGGAGUAUGGAGGAUGGUUCCAGGGGUGCAGAGAGCGAAAGUGAUUGUAACCCCUGGGGUAUGAAGGAUGGUUCCAGGGGUGCAGAACGAAAGUGAUUGUAACCCCAGGAGUAUGAAGGAUGGUUCCAGGGGUGCAGAACGAAAGUGAUUGUAACCCCUGGAGUAUGAAGGAUAGUUCCAGGGGUGCAGAACGAAAGUGAUUGUAACCCCUGGAGUAUAAAGGAUGAGCGAUUGGUAGAUUAUCAACUUGGUGCCAUUUUAGUGAGAUUUUUUGUAUGUUUGUUAAGACAAAUAAAGUCAGUAAUAAACUCACAUAUAGUAGUGUGAUUGGUUUCUGAACAUUUUUAAUGAAAAAUGUCAAAUGUUUAUCCAAAGCAGAUAACAAAAUUUGCUAUCCAUUUUAAAAUAGUAAAUAAAAAAAUUGACAUGUGAAAUAUUUGAAAUCAAAUUGAUCUUAAUCAUUACAUUUGAUUAUUUCUCCACCAAUGCUAGUAGUACCUUUAUCACCAUGCUAUAUAAAUUCCUGGCUUUAAUCGAGUUUGUUUAUAAGAGCUUUGGUGGUAUGUUUUUAAGACAUUGUUAUCGUCCAUUAAUAUCCUUUUCUAUUGGUGUGUGGUGAUCAUUGAUUUAAUUGAAUGACUGUUGUUUUUGAUUCAUCUGCUUAGUACCUAAAUACUUAAAAACCAGAAAUAAUCAAAAUUUGGUGAUUCUGUCGAUGCCAAAGAAGUGCAACAACAGUGGGGGGUUUUUUCAAAUCAUUUUUAAGCAAAGCUGUUUGAUAUUUUUGAUCUAAGGCUGAAUGCAGCUAUUUUUUUUUAGUGACAUGGCUCCAUAAUGUUAGAGAGGUAAUGGAUUUUUUUUCCUGUAUUUUCUUUAAAGAGAAAGAAAUUAUAUAUCACUGUUACCACUUUUACGAAACAGUUUUAGGAUUUUUUGAGCAUGGGUCAUUCAAAAGGUUAAGUAUAAGACAUUGUUUGACAUAUUUAGGUACUAAGUAGGUAUAAGUAAGUUAUAUUUGUUUAUCAUGUUUUUUUUGGUAAAUGAUGACUUGUUAUCAAACUUGUAUAGAUUUUAUCAUGAGUCAGUCAUACAAACAGAUAUAGAUAUGGUUGACCACAUGUCCUUUGUUUUUAUAAUGAGGGCAUGUUGCUGUCGUCCCACGAUUAUUAAUAUGCCCACACGGUGAAUUAAAUACAAAGAGUGUCACAUGUUGAAAUCAGCGUGUACAAUAUACAGGUCAUACAGUAAGAAUAUAUCUAAUAUAUAUAUCCAGUCCACUCCAUUUUGAAGAGCUACACAUCUGGUGGGAUUUUAUUACAGAUAAAAUCACAGGGACUUGGAAUGAAUUCCCAACCCACAGCCCAUAUAUACUCUAAUAUGUAUGGAAUGUGAGUUAGGAAUUUGUGUGAUGUUGCUGUGAGGACAGCGAGUCGCUGUGGUAACGAUGAAUUGUUGCAGGGGUAAUAAGUCGCUGUAGGGACAAUAAGUUGCUGUGUCGACAUUAAGUCUCUGUGGGGACAAUAAGUCAUUGUGGGGAUAAUAAA